UUUUCGGUUCUCAAUAUAACCUUCGAAGUUGGGAAAGUAAAAUCAAACUCGUCUGAAUCCGAUCGCAUCCUCUCCUGGUUCCCUUCAGUUGCCGGAUCAUUUCAAUUCUAGCCAAUAACAACCAAUGGGGCUGCUCUCUAACAGAAUUGACAGAGGCAGCCUCAAACCAGGGGAUCAUAUUUAUUCCUGGCGUACUGCUUAUAUUUAUGCUCACCAUGGCAUCUAUGUUGGGGAUGACAAAGUAAUUCAUUUCACCAGACGGGGUCAAGAAGUAGGAACAGGGACCAUAUUGGAUUUCGUUUUGGUGAGUUCAGGACCAAGCCGAGGUCAUGUUCCAUGCACAACCUGCACUUUGACUGAAGAAAGUCAUGGAGUUGUUUCGACAUGUUUGAAGUGCUUCCUUGCUGGCGGUGUUCUCUAUCGCUUCGAGUAUGCUGUUAACCCUGCUCUCUUUCUUGCAAAAGCACGCGGAGGAACUUGUACUCUUGCAGUUUCAGACCCUGAUGACAUUGUUGUCCAUCGUGCAAACUACCUUCUUAAUAAUGGUUUUAGAUGUUAUAAUGUGUUCAAAAGUAACUGUGAAGACUUUGCUAUCUACUGCAAGACAGGAUUACUUGUCUUGGAUCAUAGUACAAUGGGGCAAAGCGGACAAGCAGUGUCCAUUAUUGGCGGUCCUCUUGCUGCUGUUUUAUCAACGCCGCUGCGUCUUGUCACUACCAAUGUAUAUGGGAUGGCAGCAACUGCUGUUGGGGUUUAUUGUGCUAGCCGCUAUGCCACUGAUAUUGGGAUGAGAAGCGACGUGGUGAUGAUGCCCGUGGAAGAUCUUACGCAGAGACUAGAAACAGGAUCAUUGGGGGUCGCUAUACCAAGUCUUCCAGCUUUGCCAUCAACGCCUGUCAGCUAGCAUACUGGGUUUGAUAUCAACGGAUUAUGCAAUGUCUGUUUAAGUGCCAUGUUUUGUGCUCAAAAUACUUCCAAUCUACCAAACACACGUGGAUGGCUAUUCAUGAAUGUGUUGAAAUCAUUGCAGUCAAUUUUUAUUUUCUUUUGAUUUAGAUGUGAGCCAGGCUUGUUUGAUACAUAACUUGAUGCUGGCGUUUACAUGGGUAUGCUUUGAUGGAUUUUUUCUUUAGGAUUGUAUUUAGGUGGACUUCGAGUUCGUGUUAUCACUUAUCAGUUAUGCUCUAUACCUACUUUAUUUCCAAGCGGGUGGUGAUUUGCUCGAAAACUUCUUGGGAUCUGUAGGAAAUUUGAGAUUUGAUGUUCUUU